AUGGUUACCAACUGUGGCCGAUCGGAAGUCCCACUGGCGUCCAAUUACAUCCAGUACGGGAGAGAUGCAUCCCACGGCCAAUGGCCAUGGAUUGCUCACCUGAAGAGACGUGGCAGUCCUAAGUGUGGCGGCGCCUUGAUUGACCAACGCUGGGUGCUUUCCGCAUAUCACUGUGUUAGAUUUUACUCGGCGGCUGACUUUUCUGUCGUCCUGGGAUCUCACCGCUUCAACGCCAGGGAAGACACCGAGAGGGAAUUCACCGUUACCCGAAUGGUCCGCCAUGAAAAUUACAGCCGGAUCAAUGACCGUUCUGUUAACGACAUGGUGCUGCUCCUGCUGAACGAGACGGUGACGUAUUCCAAAUACAUCCAGCCAGUGUGCCUGCCAGGGCGAGAGACUAUGAGGAACGAUUUGUGUUACAUCGUAGGGUGGGGACGAAAGCAAAGCUCAUCUUACCCCGAUACACUGCAACAAAUCCGAGUGCGGACGUACAGCGGAGCGGAAUGUGAUAGCUAUUACAACAGGGACGACAUCCUAGAUUCGAUGAUGUGUGCCAGUACAUAUACCCGAUCAACCAGAUACACCCCGUCCUUUUUCCUUAGUGUCAUUUAUACACUCCCACCAGACACUCGAUCAACCAGAUACACCCCAUCCUGUUUCGGGGACAGUGGUGGGCCUCUGGUCUGUCUGAACAACGUAGGCCGUUGGGACCUCCAUGGCGUCGUCAGUUUUGGUCCAAACAACUGCUACGCUUCAACGUACCGUGGCUAUUCUGUCCUCUCCAACGUGUUUAGCUACAGACAAUGGAUCGAAACUAUAACAGAAUGUCAGUUUGAAUGUGAUGAUAGGUCUUGUCUUUACGAUGCUAGUCAGGUAUGUGACGGGACGAACCAUUGUCCAGACGGCAGCGAUGAAGUCACUUUGUGUGUGAAGGGUGUGGCAUGUGAUUUUGGACUUGGUUUUAUUUGUGGAUAUAAAACGAGUGAGGGAAACAGUACAGGAAGAGGCUGGACACGAGUUUCGCAAAUUUCAGUCGGGUAUCCUGAUGCCACGACUGUCUAUGAUCAUACAAAAAACACAUCUACGGGAUGGUUUAUGAGUCUAAAAUCCGACGUCAGCAGCACUAUUCCCGCCGUGCUAGAAUCGCCGGAGAUACCAGACAGUAUGGACCCAUCUUGUCUCACGUUCCACUUCCUGUCGUAUCACAUUCGAGGAAAAUAUGCGUUCUGGGAGAAACAGGAACAGCCGCCAUUGCUGCAAGUAUUUGCGGUCGACAGAGUUGACAACGCCCAGGAGGUUUGGGCGAUCGAUGCCUACUUUAGUUCAGACUGGCAGAAAGGAUCGGUGACGCUACCAUCGGGCACCAAAUUCGUGCGUUUCUUAGGAAUGGGUUACGUCAGUAUUGAUGACGUCAUAUACACAACUGGUCAGGAGUGUUCAGACGCAGCAUGUCCUCAGGGCUACUUCAGAUGCCCGAGUACCAACGUGUGUAUCUCCCCUGACUUAUUCUGUGACGGCCAGACACAGUGUGAAGAUGACGGACCUGACGAGGACUCAGAACAGUGCGGUGCCAGUGUGGACUGUGACUUUGGGGAUCGUUAUCAGUGUGGGUAUCGUGCGGACGGAAUGGGCAGCUUCCGCUGGCAAUGGGUGGACAAUUUCGACAACAUGGGGUCGGAUCGGAUCAACAAGGACACUUUGAGAAAUGACUGGUCUGGGCAAAACCAUGUACAUGCCAUGGUUCUUAAAUACUAUAUAGGUAAGUUUUCUUUGGAGGAGAAUCUGUUAGAAGUUCAUUCAACACUCGACGUACCGAACUUCACAGCCACAUCCGCUUCCUGUCUUGAAUUCUACUUCCUGUCCUUUACCAUUUAUACAUAUACAAAACAAGCCGCCAGACUUUCUUUGCUGGACGCCACCGACGACAAUGACACUGAGCUCUGGUCUCGGGAGAAGAACCAAGGGUUGAAAUGGAGACUGGGUCAAGUUAAUAUCGGUCCAGGACGACACAGCCUUAAACUCCAGGCAGUGAUGGAUCCUAGAGCACUGGCCUGGACAUUCGGCAUCGACGCAGUCCGGCUACUUCCUGGAAAAUGCGACACUUCCGUUACCAGCUGUAGCUUAGAUGAGUUCCGAUGUUCCCAGGAACAGUGUAUCUCCCGAACGGCAGUCUGUGACGGACUAGUGAACUGUGCUAAUGGAGCGGACGAAUUCGAAGGAUGUAAACCUUUGAACAACAUAAGACUAGUGGGAGGAGCUCCAUAUGCAAAUCAGGGGCGUGUCGAAAUAUUCCGUGAUGGACGUUGGCAACCCGUGUGUAGGCCCUCGGACAGCCAAGGCGGCUGGGGGGGCAAAGAAGCGGUUGCCACGUGUCGAGCGAUCGGCUUCAGUUUCGGAGAAACCUACGUUGUGAACGACUGGCAACCCGGUCCAGGCGCUUUGACGCCAAAGCUACAGGUAGAAUGUAUUGCUUCGGCUUAUGUUCUAGACCAGUGCAUGGUAUUCGGAAACUUGAUAAAAUCAAGCUGUGGCCCGUGGAACAAAAUAGCGGCCGUUUCCUGUGGCCAAAGAGUUCGUUAUGAUUACGUGGUCAGGUUAAAACAGUCCAGUGUUCCAUGGAAAGGUCUCGUGGAAAUCAGUUAUAGAGGGCGCUGGGGAGCGGUGUGUAACUCUGGCUGGGACGAGACAGCGGCGAAUAUCACGUGCAGAAUGCUGGGCUACAGCGGAGCUGUUCAGUCUUUAGGUGCCCAGCAUCUUGAAAAUUUGACCUCCACACGACCUUGGAUUAGUGGCCUUCGAUGUCAUGGUAACGAAAGCUACCUUCAUGAGUGUCAGCAUGACGCCUGGGAUCUCGCUAGCUGUAUCCCGUCUCAGUAUGUGGGAGUAGAAUGUAUCCCCGGCGAUCUUACGCUGCCAGAGUUCCCCAGGGUGAUGAGGCUGGCGAAUGGCACGGCUUCACACGGCCGGGUAGAAGUUCUAUUCGAUGGUCAGUGGGGGGACAAUGUGUGA